UGCGCGUAUAGCUGAUUUGCAACCCGCCGAAUAGGUAGCAAAGAAGAACGGAAAAUGUCGCCUGCCUCGAACAGGACCGUUCUAGGAUCAGUGGCUGUUUAAGUGAGAAACCCGGAAGCAUCUGCUGUGUAAAAAACGACGCAAACCGUUUAACCACAAGUUACUCCCUAUAUGAUCCACUGAUUCAGCGACAAGAUGGAGCAGUCUACGGGAGUGGUGGGCCUGGAUGCGCAGGGCAAUAUGCUUUUCACCAUGGUGAAGCCAGUCAUGGGAAUAUUUCAGGUGUCCUCAGACCAAACGGUGACCCAGGGAGGGAUAAGUCUACAGAGUUUACCUGAAAACACCCUGGUCCUCCCUCCACAACAAGACCAGGUCCCACUGGAGACCACUCAGGUGGAGAUGCAUGCCAUACAGCCUCAUCUUCAGCCUCAAAUGCAGUUACCUGUCCCGGUACAAACUGAGGAAGCCAUCCACAGUCAGGGACUACCACAGAACUCCAAUACCACUGCAGAGUUCUCCACACAGAUGCCCUUUGCGGAAGUGUCAUCACUCCUGGAUCCCAACAUGAAAGGAUCCAAGGCUCGGAAACAUCUGAUCUCCUACGACGAGAUCAAGCGCCGCCUACAGGCUCCGGAGAAGAUGUCCCUGCGCUCGUUGGCUGCCUACACGCGAGUCAGCCGAGGUCCAGCUAGCAAGAAGACGCUUCUGGAGUCCCUGAGUGUCCUUGGCCUCGCGCCCAGCACGACAACCUCUGUUUCCUCCUCCUUCUCCAAACUCACUGAAGGUGACACCAGAGCAUUGUGCGACGACAUGAAAGAUUUCUCACAUGAUUACAUCGAUUAUGGCAACAUGGCGAAACAGCUCAUCCCUGACACAAACACCGUCCAACACUGGUCUAAAAUUAUUGAGACCAAGAAUCACCUUGAGGAUAUGCGGAAAUGUUUCAAGGACCCAGCCAACAGCGGAGCCUUCGACAGCGCAACGCACGGCCUUGGUCUGGGAAUGCUAGAUGUAGCACUGGACAUGAUCGUCAUGGCAAUCGAACAGCAGAUCCGAAUCCUGUCCGGUGCCGCUGCCGCGGAGCCUCCAGAGUCUGGCGCGCCGACGCGGCGCAUCGGCCGUCGACAGCGCCGGUGUCACAAGGCGUCCCUCGGCAUCAAGGAGCAAGGGAAGGCCAUCUCAAAAAGCAAAGGACGAAGCAGAGGGAAGAAGAAGGUGCAUCAGGAAAAUACAGUCGAAGUGGAGCCUUGUAAGACAGACGACAUGCAAGGCAACGUACUAACUCUGGUGUCUGUGGGGUAUGAGACCGUUUCCACUGGUCUCGGCGGCUCCAGACCAGCUUGACACGUCACCAUGUUUAGUUUGACCAGAUUGUGCUCAGGAAGGACCAAAAAGAUUCCAGACACGGACAUUAAUGCGAUUUUAAGUAGCAAUGGGCAAAUGUCUGUUGAUGUCAAACAGUAGCCCCUUUCACACUGUCCUUUUUUAACUUUCGGCGUGUGCCAUCCUGACGCAAAGCCACUUUUUUUAAACUUGUUUUUUUUUUUUUUUUUUUUUUUUAUAAAUUGGGGGCUUCGCAGCGACAGUGGGUAAGUAUGGGGUAUUGGAUCUAGCCCGUGCAGUCUGCAGGAAAGGCAAAUUACAUUACAGCAAAGAAUAUCUGUAGAAUUUUGCUGUUUGUUUACGGUAUGUUCAAAUCGCUCUGUAUUCCAUAAAAACCUCAAGAAUUGGUAGCAAACCAUAAAGAGCUACUUUUAA